AUGCUUUCACACAUACUUUUGCUGGCUGUGUGGCCACUACUUGGUGCUCUGGCCAUAUCUCCGAACAAUACCGGCAUAAGCAGAUCAUGGAGUGAAGCUCAGCAGUUGGCUAGCGAGUUCUCUGCUCGCCUAACCCUGACCGAGAAAGCCUUUCUGGCUACAGGGUGGAUUCUAGGUCCUUGUGAUGGCAACAUUGCCCCCAUUCCACGUUUGAACUUUAGCGGAAUGUGCCUCCACGACGGUCCUGCUGGCAUACGUGUCGCGGAUCUUGCCACCUUGUUCCCAGCAGGUGUGACCACGGGCGCGACAUGGGAUAGAGAUCUCAUGUAUGCUCGUGGUCUUGCCAUGGGGGAGGAAUUCCGCGAAAAGGGCUCUCAUGUCAUUCUAGGACCGGUUGCUGGUCCUCUUGGGCGGCACCCACUUGGCGGCCGCAACUGGGAAGGGUUCGCCGUUGACCCCUAUCUCUCUGGCAUCGCCAUGGAAGAGACCAUUCGCGGGCAUCAGGAUGCUGGUGUUCAAGCAUGUGCCAAGCACUACAUUGGCAAUGAGCAAGAAACAGAGCGAUCUAGUGUCAUCACGAAUGGAAUCGAAACAGCUGCCAUCUCGGCCAAUAUCGACGAUCGCACCCUUCAUGAGCUGUACCUCUGGCCUUUUGCCAACUCGGUCAAGGCUGGCACUGCGUCCGUCAUGUGCAGUUACAACCGUCUGAAUCAGACUUAUGCCUGCGCGCACGACCGCACCUUGAACGAGAUUCUCAAAGGCGAAUUGGGUUUCCAGGGCUACGUCAUGUCCGACUGGUUUGCGACGCACUCGGGAGUUGACUCUGUGAAUGGGGGCCUCGACAUGACCAUGCCUGGUCCAUUGAGCCAAGGUGAGGCUCAGACCUUGAACCUUAGCGCAAUCCCCUUUCAUGAAAUUCCAUCAUGGUUUGGCACCAAUCUCACCACCGCCGUCAACAAUGGAAGCGUGUCCGAGGCGCGUCUUGACGACAUGGUUCUGCGAAUCAUGACGCCGUACUACUUGCUCGGCCAGGAUCAAGACUUUCCGAGCGUUGAUCCGUCAAAUGCUUGGCUGUAUUAUGUUUCCUACGGUUUGGCCCAACUUAACCCCGCCAUUCCAGUCGCCAGAGACGUUCGAGCCGAUCAUGGAGCGUUGGUCAGGGAGAUUGCGGCGGCAGGCACUGUAUUACUAAAGAAUGAACAAUCGAUUCUCCCCAUCAGAAACGUCACCAAUAUCGUGGUGUUUGGCAACGAUGCCCCAGACACGUCAGACGGUCUUUAUUUUCUGGGCCCAAUCACAGAUCCGUCACGGCCGCUUGGAGCUAAAUACGGGACACUGGCCGUUGGUGGAGGCUCCGGCGCCGGUCGUACGAGCGAUUUGGUAUCGCCGUUGCGCGCGAUUCGAGAACGAGGCUAUCGCGACGGCUUCCGCACGCAGUAUAUCACCAACAACGACCUUCUCGCAGGUAACAAUUUGACCAGCAUCUUUCCUUUGCCUGAUGUUUGUCUCGUGUUUCUCAAGACUUUUUCAACCGAAGGUUGGGACCGCCUUUCCCUGGAGAAUGAUUGGAACUCUACUCUGGCCGUCGAAAACGUGGCAGCCUUGUGUUCUAAUAGAACCGUGGUCGUGACGCAUUCCUCUGGAGUCAAUACUCUGCCGUGGGACGACAAGGUUGCUGCGAUUGUAGCUGCUCAUUACCCUGGAGAACAAGCCGGCAACUCCAUCGUGGAUGUUCUCUGGGGAGACGUCAAUCCUUCUGGUCACCUGCCCUACACCAUUCCCAAGAACGAGUCAGACUACGACUUUCCAAUUGUCAACAUUACUGGGCCGGACGCGCUCAACUCGGACGCGUGGCAGGAGGAUUUUACCGAAGGCCUUUUCAUUGACUAUAGGCACUUUGAUGCUCAUAAUAUCACACCAUUGUACAGCUUUGGGCAUGGAUUGAGUUAUACCACUUUUGACAUUUCCUCGGAUGCUCAAGUCAGUUGGAUCGCACAAAACCUCUCGGCACUUCCAACCCCUGCGACAACUUCGACGCCCGGCGGUAACUCUGAGCUGUGGGGAGGCGUUCUCAACAUCACCACCACAAUCAGCAACACUGGUAGUGUGGCUGGGGCCGCCGUGCCGCAGCUGUAUGUGUCCCUGCCGACGAGACAAGAUGGCGGUGCGCCUAGUGGCACCCCACGUUCAGUUCUGCGCGGCUUUGAAAAAGUCAAACUCGAAGCUGGUCAGUCUAUUCCAGUUACCUUUAGUCUGAUGAGGAGAGAUAUCAGCUUUUGGAGUGUCGAAGAACAGGAGUGGCGUGUGCCACAGGGAGACCUUCAGCUGGAUCUUGGGUUUAGCUUUGGCGAUAUUCGCGCUUCGGUCACAACCCAGAUAUAA